UCUGUUUUAGCUACAUGAUUUUGAUACAUGCAUUACAAAAAAUGAAGAAGCUAUUCAAAUUGAUCCUCGCUUUGCUGAGUGUUAUGGAAACAUGGCAAAUGCUUGGAAGGAGAAGGGCAACAUUGAUGUUGCAAUCCGCUACUAUUUAAUUGCUAUCAAGGUUUUCUCCAAUAACAUGGGGAAGAAAACUGAUCCAAUGAUCACAAAGUGCAAGGAGAGUGACAACUGGACCAAGGUGACUUUUAAGCCAGAUUUGGCUAAGUUUAACAUGACACAUUUAGAAGAUGAUAUUGUUGCGCUGAUGAAAAAGAGAGUUUUUGAUAUGGCUGGAUGCCUUGGGAAUAAUGUGAAAGUGGAACUUAAUGGAAAACGAGGUCCUGUGAAAUCAUUUUUAGAUUAUGCUGAUCUUUAUUUGCGCUCUGCCCGCAAAUCAGAUGCUACUAUUCCAAGGAUCACAGAGAAAGUGAAUGACAGGUUAGCUUUGUAAAUUUGAUUGCCACAAUCAAGGGUGGAACUCAUGUAGAUCACGUCACAAGUCAGAUCACUAAUCAUGUCAUGAAUCUUGUAAAUAAGAAGAACAAGAAUGCCAACUUGAAAGCCCACAAUGUGAAGAAUUAUUUAUGGGUUUUUUUCAAUGCUCUUAUUGACAAUCCUGCUUUUGAUUCUCAAACUAAAGAAACUCUUACCAUUCGUCCAAGCAGUUUUGGGUCUAAAUGUGAACUCCCACCAGAGUUCUUAAAGAAAGUGGCAAAGUCUGGCAUUGUGGAUAGUCUUCUUUCCUGGGCCAACUUCAAGCAGAACAAGGAUCUUAAGAAAACAGAUGGAGCUAAGACAAAAAGGGUUCACAAUAUCAAUAAGCUGGAGGAUCAGGUAUAUUGAGAUGAUUUCUUUGGAGCAAUUCUUGACAACAUUUGUAGUUGAGGCCUUUAGAAUGGAAGAAUGUAUUUCACUAAUUUUUGUAUACAUUUCCUGUUUUGUAUUUAGUGAUAAAGGAAUCUGAAUUGGGCAUAAAUUAUGUUGUAAUAUGAUUUCUUAAGCCUAGACUAGUAGACUAAAUAUUGUAAUUACAUUUGAGUAAUUAAUAAAAAUCUAUUUAUGUUA